GCAUCUAAACGAAUGAAUUCAAGUAGUGUUGAUAAUUCUUACGAUUCUUACAUUAAUGGUUGAUAAGGUAUUGUUGCGUAAAACUAGUGUGUAGUGAUAACGAGUCUUGUUAUUGGUUGGAACUUGAAUAGGUGUCUGCAGAGUUCAACGUGACUCAACCAUUUCUCGCAAUGGCAGCACCGAACCCGUACAGCAAGUACCUAAAGGAAAUCAAAAGGGGCGGCACAACCUACAAGUACUAUCAUUUACCGUCGUUGUCAAAAUAUUACUGUGUGCUGCCGUACUCCGUCAGGAUCCUGCUUGAGUCGGCCGUGAGGAACUGCGACGGUGUCCAGAUCUGCGAGUCUGACGUGAAGAACUUGCUCGCGUGGGAGACCACACACAAGGAUAGCUGCGAGCUAACUUUCAAGCCGGCGCGGGUCCUUCUGCAGGACUUCACAGGGGUCCCGGCAGUGGUGGACUUUGCUGCGAUGAGAGACGCCGUCAAUGAGUUGGGCGGUGACCCUCUCAAGGUCAACCCCAUCUGUCCCUCGGAUCUGGUCAUCGACCACUCGGUGCAGGUGGACGUGACUCGCACACCUGAUGCGGCUCAGAAAAAUCAGGAUAUAGAGUUUGAACGGAACAAGGAAAGGUUCACAUUCCUUAAGUGGGGCGCCCGGGCGUUCACCAACAUGCUGAUCGUGCCGCCGGGAUCCGGGAUCUGCCACCAGGUGAACCUGGAGUACCUGGCCCGGGUCGUGUUCUCCGACGGGGGAGUCCUGUACCCGGACUCGGUGGUUGGGACGGACUCCCACACCACCAUGAUCAACGGCUUGGGCGUCCUCGGCUGGGGGGUCGGAGGCAUCGAAGCAGAAGCAGUGAUGUUGGGUCAAGCCAUCACGAUGCUUGUUCCGCAAGUGGUCGGGUACAAAAUAGUUGGCAAGCUUGACCAGUACGCGACGUCAACAGACGUUGUGCUCACCAUCACGAAGCAUUUGCGACAAGUUGGAGUCGUGGGCAAGUUCGUUGAGUUUUUCGGCCCCGGCGUGGCAGAACUGUCAAUAGCUGACCGGGCCACCGUGAGCAACAUGUGUCCCGAGUACGGUGCCACCGUGGGCUUCUUCCCCAUCGACAAAGCGGGCUUGGACUACCUCAGGCAGACGAACCGGGAUGAAGAGAAAGUGCAGCUCGUGGAAGACUACCUGCGAGCUGUGGGCUUGUACCGGGACUUCAGCAACCAGGACCAGGACCCCGUGUACUCCGAGGUGGUGACCCUGAACCUGGCGAAUGUGCAGUCGUCCGUGAGCGGCCCCAAGAGGCCCCACGACCGCGUCUCGGUCGUCGACAUGCCCUCGGACUUCCAGCAGUGCCUCACCAACAAGGUAGGCCUCCUCAUGUGCAGGAUCUCGAGAGAGAGGCAACGCACGUGGGACCGGACGACACACUUUUUGUGCUGGUGUAGGACUUUGUGUGUGUUAAAUGCUACUCGUGUAAUGUUACGGUCACCACUCAAAUCUCGUAGUUGGGUGCACGACAAGAAGACUGCGAGCCGGUCCACAGCCUUAUGCUCAGGGGUGAUACCGAGCUGGAAGCACCGGCAGGCGUCGCACUGGGGCAGGCCCCUGGGAACCUUGUCCCUCGUGAGUGCCGGGGCAGUCGUGCUUAUCGGGUUGGGCGUGUGCGCAGGUUGGACGGCCGACGGGAAGGUCGUGUACCUGCGCGACAUCUGGCCGACGCGUCGCGAGGUGCAGGUGGUGGAGAAGCAGUACGUGAUCCCGGCCAUGUUCAAGGAAGUGUACAGCAGGAUCGAGGAGGGCAGCACCAGCUGGAGGGCCCUGCAGGCCCCCGACAGCGCCCUCUACCCCUGGGACCCCAGCUCCACGUACAUCAAGCGCCCGCCGUUUUUCGAAGGCAUGACCAGGGAGUUGCCUUCUAUCAAGAGUAUAGAGAAUGCCUACGUGCUGCUGAACCUGGGUGACUCUGUGACAACCGACCACAUCUCUCCCGCGGGCAGCAUCGCACGGAACAGCCCGGCUGCCAGAUACCUGGCCCAGAAAGGGCUGACACCACGAGAGUUCAACUCAUAUGGCUCCAGGCGUGGGAAUGAUGCUGUUAUGGUGCGAGGCACAUUUGCAAAUAUUCGCUUGGUGAACAAGUUCAUAGGUCAAGCUGGUCCCAAAACUAUUCACGUGCCCUCAGGCGAAGUGCUGGACGUGUACGAUGCAGCUGAACGCUAUGCCAAGGAGAACGCACCACUCAUUGCUCUCGUGGGCAAGGACUACGGUUCGGGGUCCUCCAGAGAUUGGGCGGCCAAAGGACCAUACCUACUGGGCAUUCGAGCUGUGAUAGCAGAGUCGUUUGAGAGAAUUCACCGCUCUAAUCUGGUCGGCAUGGGCAUCAUUCCCUUGCAGUACCUGCCGGGUCAGAGCGCGGAGUCGCUCGGGCUGACUGGCAAGGAGCGGUACACGAUAAACAUCCCUUCAGACUGCCGUCCCCUGCAGGAGAUACAAGUGCAGGUGGACUCCGGCAUGACGUUUCCUGUGAUCCUCAGGUUUGACACAGAGGUCGACCUCACGUACUUCCGGCAUGGUGGAAUCCUCAACUACAUGAUACGCAGCAUGCUGGGCUGAAGAGUGAACAUGCUAAACUCUUCACAUUAGAAACAGCAGGGCAGUAAAGAACAGAACUCCCUACCAGUCGGAAGUUGACACUUCCAUGUUUUUUCAGUGUAUAUGUAUAUACAAAGAUUCUCAAGAACAAAAUUUCCUACAGUUUUGUAGUCAAUUGCUGCCAAUUUAGGGAAAACAUUUAAUUGGCUAAAUACGUAAUUAUAAUAUAAUAAAAUGAAAAUUUAAUUGAAAUAUAAAUUGAAAUUACAAAAAAAAAUUCACAUAUAAAAAAUAUAUGUAAAGUUGCUAUACUUUUUCUCACUGUCAAAGAAAAUAUCAAAUUAAGUUAAAUGGCAAGAAUUAGUCCAAUAUAAUGAAAAUAAGGUUUUGUAGGUGUUUGGUAAGAUUUGUAAUAAGAUAAGAAUGUAGGCUAUUGAGAUAUUUGAAAUAGGCCCAAUACCCUGAUUAAGUCAAUGCUAAUAUAAAAAACCUGAUUAAAUGAAAAUUCAAUUACAGCCAAUUAGCAGAAAAUCUUAAUUUGAAGUGACUAAGAAUAAAUGAAAUAUAUCUUGAAGAUCUUGGCUAUCUUAUGGGGGGGGGGGAAAUCCAACUUUGAUUCUUAAACCAUAAGAUACAGUCUCAUGACCCCAUUAUAGAACCAGAUUUGAUAUUUGUUUGUAGAGUAAGUUAACAUAUGCUGGCUCUUUUAGUGAGUAUUAAAAUUAUUACUUAUCUUUUCAAUAGAUAACUAACAAUAUAUAAAGUAAAUUUAACUUAAUACUUUUGAGAGGAAAUAUGUUUUGAUAAAGAUAAUUAUAACUUACACUUGAUAUGAACAAAAGUAAACUAUGUUGCACUACUUUUAUAAUAAAGUAUAAGUGUACUGAACUAAAAGAGCCAGUGUGUACCUGAAAUUAAUGGAAUGGUAGAGGGAAUACAAUAUGAAAAUAGACAUGUGGCCACUUUUAAAUGCAAUUGAGAAAUAUUGAGUAUGGAUAGAGUUUAAAGUGAUUAUGGUAUGUAAUACCAGCAAGGAAUUUUUUCUAUUUAAUGUACAGGACCUGAUUUAACAUGAAGAGGAAAAAUAUUUUAUGUGAAAGUUGGAAAAAUUCUGCCUGUUGGCAAUGAACCUUUUGCUAUAUUGUAAAGAAAGUAGGUUUCUUCAUUAAACAUUUGUAGUAGAAGUGAAAAAGUUUAAUGAUACGUUCAAAGGGAAGUAUAUUGGUACUUACUAUUGGUGGAAAAAAAACAGGUGUUUGUACAUAUUUAUAAAUAAAAUGUAUCAUUUAAA